AUGCUUAUCCUGAGGUCCGACAUGCGAGGGACCGACUAUGUUGGUUUGAGCCUGGUGGCAUUGAGAGCCAAGAUCGACCAAUUGGAAGAGCUGAUGCCAAUGCUGGCCUCAGGGGGCCAUCUCUAUGCAUGGUCCUAUUUCGAGAAGGUCAGCCAGCUUGCGGCCCGAGGGCCUGACGAGUCUCGGUCUGAGACUGAGAUGGGUGAUCCUUGUCCAGCAGUGGCUGGUGAGAUUAAGUUGGAAACAGUCCUUGACACCCUCCUAUGGGCUGUGAACAAGUUCGGAGGCUUGUCGAACGCUUUGAAGCAAGUUUCCGAGUUUAAUGCCAAUAUGGAUAAGAGACGUGCAGACCUUGAUGAGAAAUUGCAGAAGCAAUAUGACGCUGGUGAGGAUGAGUGA